AUGGCCUGCUGCGGACGUAACAACGGCGAGUGCGUGUGCGCCAAGGAAGCAACCUGCUCAUGCGGCAAGCAGCCUGCUCUUCAGUGCAACUGCGCCAAGGCUGCCGACGAGAACAAGAUGCCUAACAACACUUGCGCGUGCGGAAAGAGGGCUGAGGACUCCUGCACAUGCGGACGCAAUGAGAACAACGGUACCUCCAACCUGGAGACCGAUUUCACCACCAAGAAAUAA